AUGUCAAACAACUUCGAGGAAGACAUUGCUGAAAGUGAAACGAGUUUACAAAAUUUCAGUGAUGAUGAUCUAUCUCAUCUAAAACAAGAUUUCAAUAAUGAUAAUUUGAAUAAGGAAUUAUCUGAGGAAGAAUUAUCAGAUAAGGAACAGCUAUCAGAGAGUGCAAUGAAUCCAGAUGAAUCCACUCAAUCACGUUUCGAUAGUGAAGAACAUAGAUUAGAAAAUGAAAAGCUAACCUCAGAUAAUGAAUUAUUGGAUAGUGAAUCCAAAACAGAGAAUAGUCAGGUGAAGUUUGAGAAUGAAGAAGAUAAGUUUGAUGGAGAAUAUAAACCGGACGAUGAACAGAUGAGAGGUGAAAAACGAUUAUUGGAGAGUAAAGAAGAUGCUAGUACAAGCUUUAAUAAGCAUGUGGAACUAGAUAGCGCAGAGAAUAAGGAGAAAAGCCCAGUGAAGAUAGUAACUGACGAGAAGAAGAAGAAAAAACCGACUACAGAAGGCUCAAAUUUCCAGACUAAAAUAAAUGUAGGCUAUAACCACCAAGUUCCCUUCACACCGGCCUUUUUUCUCGACCAUUCCUACAAUAAUAAUAACAACGGAUACAAGAAGGAAUGGGCCAGAUUAAUGUAUUCUCCGUAUCAAAUGGAGAAAAUACGUAGAAGAAAGUUAAAGGAGGGAUUAUAUGACUCCGUUAUAAAGAACGAAUUUGAACUUGCUGAAUUUAUACAAAUGUGCGCCAAAAACUGGAAAAACAAUCCAGGCUGGCACCCCUUUUCACCUGAAUUUGCUUAUAAAAUUUUACAUUUUGCUGAUUAUGACCCCAACAAGGCAUUAAAAUACAUGAACGACAACAACUUCAAUUUUACAUGUAAUUUUAAGCUACUAAAUAGUUGUAUAUGCGACCCUCCUAUUCGAAGGUAUGAUAACAAGUGGAAGCCGAAGGAUAGGCGUGGACAGGUACCAACAAAUCCAUAUCCCCCACCAGUAACCCUAAGAGGUUAUUUAUUGAGAAGGCACACCGUAAAAUAA